CGUCUGAGGCCGCUCCCACGAAUCCCACCCCUCAACGUCUCACCAGCCCACGAGAGCACGCCGCGGGCACCGCGUUGACUGGGCCGGUUCCAGCGCUGCCGAUUCCCCAAAGCCGAUCCGCGUCGUCGACGACGGCGCCCGAGCCACUCCCCGCCGCCUGUAUGCGCCAGUGCUAGCAACUAUGGCUGAGGCCAUCGCUGGAGAGUAGCACUAUUUGCCUCAUCUCGCGCCCUGCUCUGCUGCUGCCACUCCGCGAAACCCUCCGUUUGUGUUCUCUUGAUAUAUGAGUCCUGUCUCGAGCGUUGCUGGCACUUCUCGAUUCGACUCCCUCGUCUGUCUCAUGCGCCCAACAUCGCCAGACAACCUUCACCGUACUUGUUGACCAAGUACUACUGGGCCAGACCACCCAGGUUCCACAGCACCACACACCCUACUGCACCGGCGGACCUCUCGUCUCGCUCCUACUCGCCAUGGUGAACCUCGGCGAGACCAUCACCGUCAUCAACAAGUCUGGCAAGGUCGUGAGCAGCAGCAAGCACCUCAUAAACGUCUUCAAGGAAGCCAAGUCCGCCUACCGCGAGCGCAAAGCCGAGAUCAAGGCCGAGCGCAAUGCCGCCUUCGACGAGCGGAAAGCCAUCCAUGGCAUCAAGACGAUGCGCAUUGAGGACGACGUCCGCUCCCGAGCCUCCUCAAAGCACUCCCGCGAUCCCCGGCGAUCCAAGUCCCACCACCAUUCUAAAUCCCCUCUCGAGCGCGGUUAUACCGACAGCUUCUACGAGAACGACGACAGGCCUCUACCACGCCGGCCCACUCACCGCCGUAUGGAGGACGAGGUAGAGGAGGUCCAUAGGCGGGAGUUACUACGACGACACACAGAUGGGCCAGUGACAAUGGCAAGGCACAUAUCAUCACACUCGAACUCUGAGCCUCACAUCGAUAUGGAUCUCGCAUACGGAGAACUCCCACCGCCGCUACCAUCCCCCAGAUACAAUGACGGGGAGUUGCGAGAGAAAGCGAACAAGCUCACAAUGCUGCUAGACGAGGCCAAUUGCUUGCAGUACAGUGUCACGGCUAUGAUUGAGAACUUGCAAAAGAACCCCGAGGCCCUGGCUGCCGUUGCCCUCACCCUCGGGGAAAUAUCGAACAUCCUCACCAAAAUGGGCCCCGGCGUGCUUACUGCGCUUAAGGGGUCAUUCCCAGCCGUCGUGGCUCUCCUCGCCUCACCUCAAUUCAUGAUUGCCGCCGGUGUUGGUGUCGGCGUCACCAUCAUCGCAUUGGGCGGCUACAAAGUCAUCAGGAAGAUCCGCGCCAAGAAAGAAGCCGAGGCCGAGCUCGAGGAACCCCUGGAGAUGGACCAGCUGGAGACCGCAGAGCUCUCUCGCAUCGAAAUUUGGCAGCGCGGUAUUGCCGAGGCUGAGGUCGAGAGCAGGGGAACGACUGUCGAUGGCGAGUUCAUCACGCCUGGCGCAUCGCGACAGCUUAUUGCGGAGGGCGUACUGCAGGCCGAUGACCUCAAAUCGAGACGAAGUGAGCGCAGGAGCAGAAGCCACGCACCGAAGUCGACGCAUUCUUCGAAGUCACAUCGCAGCUCUACGUCGCGUAGUGGGAAAGAGAAGAGCAAGGAGAAGGUUAAGCCCAAGAAGAGGGAGCCGUCCGGCUUAAGGAUGCUGUUUUCUCCCUCGCCAGUUCGUCCUCGUGCGACUGCGUGACACCACCAUCGUCCUCCGUUCACCGCCUCCUCAUUUUCACGACUGUCGUUUGCCACUAUCCUGUUUUUGAAUAUUUGGAUCGCAUCAUUUAGCGCUGCGGCAUUUUGCGGGGACCAUUCUGCAUCCCAAGAAGCUUCCUUUGCCGCAAGGCUGUGGCAUUAUACGUAUUGGAUCGGCGUUUUUGGUAUGAGAGAUUCCCCUUGGGUCUCUCGCAUGUGUAUACGACUUUCAGUAAUAUCAGGCUCAAUCAUAAUUAUAUUGUUAUGCGAUCUUUGGAUGCGU